CAGGCUCAAACGGGGGCUGACAGCCCGGCGCUCUAGUCGGACUGCAGCGCUGGGAAAGCCAUGAAGUGCACCGCUGGGAAGCUCGCUUGCUCGGCUGUGGGGCUAUGGCUGGGGCUGCUGCUGCUGUGUGGCUGGGGCUGCCCCGGGAGCGCUGAGCCGCGGGCUCCGCCGGAGAAGAUCGCUAUUAUUGGAGCUGGAAUUGGUGGCACUUCAGCAGCCUAUUGUCUGCGGCAGAAAUUUGGGGAACAUGUGAAGAUUCACGUGAUUGAAAAAGGAGAGGUGGGGGGCCGUCUGGCCACCUUGACUAUGCAGGGACACGAAUAUGAGGCAGGAGGCUCUAUCAUCCAUCCUUUAAAUCUGCACAUGAAGCGUUUCGUCAAGGACCUGGGUCUCUCUGCUGUUCAGAGCCCUAGUGGCCUAGUGGGGGUGUAUAACGGAGAGACUCUGGUAUAUGAGGAGAGCAGCUGGUUUAUAAUUAACAUGAUUAAACUAAUUUGGCACUAUGGAUUUCAGUCCCUCCGAAUGCACAUGUGGGUAGAGGAUAUAUUAGACAAGUUUAUGAGGAUCUACCGCUACCAAUCUCAUGACUAUGCCUUCAGUAGCGUGGAGAAGUUACUGCAUUCCCUAGGAGGGGACGACUUCCUUGCACUGUUUAACCGAUCACUUCUGGAAACCUUGCAGAAAGCAGGCUUCUCUGAGAAAUUCCUUGAUGAAAUUAUUACUCCCGUCAUGAGGGUCAAUUAUGGCCAAAACAUGAACAUCAAUGGCUUUGUGGGGGCAGUGUCAAUGUCCGCUACCGAUCCUGGUCUUUGGGCAGUAAAAGGUGGCAAUAAACUUGUCUGCUCACGGCUCCUUGAGGCUUCCAAAAGCAAUCUUAUAUCUGGCUCAGUAAUAUCCAUAGAGGAGAAAACAAGGACCAAACAGACAGGAGAUCCCACAAAGAUGUAUGAAGUGGUCUACCAAACCGGAUCUGAGACCCAUUCAGACUUCUAUGACAUCGUCUUGGUGGCCACUCCGUUGAAUCGAAAAAUGUCCAAUAUAACUUUUCUCAACUUUGAUCCUCCAAUUGAGGAAUUCCAUCAACACUACGAACCUUUAGUGACCACUUUAAUUAAGGGGCAGUUGAAUUCAACUGUUUUUAGCUCUAGACCCUUAGAUGAGUUUGACCUUGGUACCAUCUUAACCACUGAUAAUCCAGAUUUGUUCAUUAACAGCAUUGGGUUUGUGUCCUCCGUAAGAGAAGAUAAUAGUCCUCAACCAAAAGCAGAGAAGGCACACGUUUGGAAGAUCUUUUCCGCAAGAGCUCUUAGCAAAGAGCAAAUUUUAAAGCUCUUUGUGUCCUAUGAUUAUGCUGUGAAGCAGUCAUGGUUUGCGUAUCCUCAUUAUACGCCUCCAGAGAAAUGUCCCUCCAUCAUACUCCAUGAUCGACUCUAUUACCUCAACGGCAUAGAGUUCGCAGCAAGUGCCAUGGAAAUGAGCGCCGUGGCGGGCUACAACUCUGCUCUCCUCGCCUACCACCGCUGGAACGGACACACGCACAUGAUUGACCAAGAGGACUUACAUGAGAGACUUAAAACUGAGCUCUGAAAUACCACCAUCUCUUUUUUCGCCCCCUCCUGGUUCCAAAUGGAGUAUCACUGGCAAAAAAGAGCACAGUCUGAGCAGAGAUGAUUUUGAAUCAGCUAUUUUGCCAUUAUCAUUGUUUAACAAAAGUAAUCCCAGUGAGUCAUGAGAAGAUACAAGGUUCUAAUUAAGCAUGAAGGCAUAAAGGUGGCAUCUCCACCAUUUCUUAACUCUUUUAAUCCAUCAGCAGCAUUUCCCAGAUGUGUCUGAUCGUAAGAAUCAUCUGAGUUUCUUAAACAAGAUGGGUUCUCUAGCUCGUCUGGAGAUUCUGAUUUAAUAGGCCUGGGGUGGGCCCUGGAUUCUGAACAAAACCUUAGAGCAUUUUAAGUGAGUGCUUGAGGACGACUUAUCUUUUAGCUGGGGACUAGGUGAUUUGUGCUUCACAGCUGGAUGUGAUCUUCAUUCACAUAAAACUACAUGGGAGCUGGUAUCUUAUGCCUGGAUUUAGUAAUUUAUACCCUUUUUCAAAGUAAAUAUGCCCAUGCCUGAAGUCUGGACUUUCAGGAUGUUCUUUUGCUUGCUUCUGUCUCUGUUUAUUUAGGGGUGAAAUUCAGAAGUCUCAGUAGUAUAAACUUAAGAUGUCAUGCAAAAAUCUCAAGUGAAAUGAAAAGCAAAUACUGGCUAAUAAAAAUUUAGCAUUCUGUUAUCAAACCCUCACCUGAGGAGCUUUGAAAAAUGCUGAUAGAGCGCCACAACAGAGAUUCUGAUUUAAUGGAUUGAGGAUAGGACCUGUUUUUUGGUAGCUUUUUAAAGUUCCUAGUAUGCGUGCAACCUGGAUUGAGAAUCACUGAUGUGAGGGUUUAUGUUUCCCAAGGGUUCUUAGUGCCUUAAAAGUCCCAAGAAACCCAAUCCAUUAUCAGAGCAGAUCCGUGAUGCAAAGAAUGAUUUCUCUCAGUGAGAACUCAAGUAAUCUUGAUAGUAAGAAGCACUGACAGUCUAACAGCAGAGGCAACUUAGAUUACUCCAGAGCAGUUGGCACUGGAGUGGGAUAUUCAGAAUGACACCAUGCUUGAUCAGAUCCAGCAUAUGUUCAAACUGUUAAAUGCUUCUAAAGGUACUGUAGCAUUUGGGGUGAGAAACUGGUUGCUGAAAUCUUAAGGCAGUGGUUCUCAGCCUUGGCUGUACAUUGGAAUCACUUAUAGGAGUGCUUCUUGAAUGAUUCUAACAUGUAGCCAAACUUGAGAACCGAUUCUCCCAUCUGUACAACGAUCACGAGUGACCGUCCUUAGUCACUGGAAGGACAAAUAAAAGCUCCUGAAUUCUAAAAGUAACUGCAACCAAGUUAACAUGUAUUAAAAAAAAAAAGUCUUAUUUCCAGAUUAUAGCAGUAGCUACUUAAGUGAAAAAGAGAACAUUGAGUCUUAUUUAAGACAAUUUCUUCUCUACUUCUGUUACAAUUGUGAAUAUUAAUAUGCUGAUAAAACUGCCAAGAUAUAUUUGAUGUAGAGGCAGGGAUUAAAUUUAUAGUUUGUCAAAGGGUCAGCUUUUUACUAUUUUUAUUCUUAGAAAGUAUGUUAAGAGGCAUUUGUAUUUUUUCUUUUGUUGUUUUGAUGAAGACAGUAUGUAGAGAAUGUGAUACUGUUACGUAUAUUGCUAAAAGUGGGUAAAUACUAAUGAAAUAAUUUUAAUUUCUACCACUUGUAGGCUUGUUUUGCAAUGGGAUAUAUUUUUGUUUAGAAAAACACCAAUUUAAAAUGUUGCUAUUAUGUCAAACCUAACUGAUCUUGUUUUCUGACAGGGCACCUGAGAUUGCUUUCUCAAAGAGCAAAAACAGGUUAUUGGUAUAUUGAGCAUAUUAGUUUUAAUGCAAUUACAAUAUUUUUUUUAAUUGGAAGAAAAAUACUAUCAGAGCCCAUUAUUCCAGAAGGCCACUCAAAUCAUCUUUUUACAGUAGAGACUGGUAAAAACUAUGUAGGGGCUGAAUGAAAGCCAAGUUUUGCUCCAGUGGUUCUCCAGCUUGAGUAUGCAUCACAAUCACCUGCAGGGCUUGUUAAAACAUUGCUGGGCCUAACCUCCAGAAUUUGUUUCAGUAGGCUUGGAGUGGGAUACAAAAACUCCAUUUCUAUUACGUUCCUAGGUGAUGCUACUGGUCUCGGAACCACAGAGUUGUGGUAUAGUUGCAAAAAACGCGAGCUUGUCAACAUUAGUGAAGAUUUAAAGAGCUGCUGGAGAAUAAAAGUGUGUUGGCUUUCACAUCAACUCUAGUUAGUCUGAUCCCUCUGGCUCUUCAUUUGCUGAAUCAUUUCCUAUGAACAGGAAAUACCAUUUUGGAGAUAAAUAUAAGCCACCCAUUUUGUUCUAUUUUACAGGUACCUCACACCCAUUCUCCAGUUAAAGUGAUUCAUGAUCGUAGGCUUUUUACCCCAUCACAAAAACAGGCUUAAGCAUUUGCUUGAUAGGUUUCUCAAGUUGGGUUCAUGACACAACCAUCUGUAAUAUUGCUCUCAUCUGAGGCUGUGCACCAUAAAACUUAUCAACUAGAUGAAUAUAUUACAGGCAGCAUUGUCACUAUCCUCUAUCCCACAAAGAAUCACAAUGCACUGGAAUGUUUUUCUCAAAUAUAUUUCUACUCUUCAAAAGUUUUUCCCCACUUAUGUUCAAAAUAAAUCAUCACUAUUUCCUGUGUUUUA